AUGGCGGCCCUUUUAAAACACGGGGUGAUGAGCAUGAUGUUUCCCCCCCAAAAAAAACACGGGGCGGGAGGGGAGAGCGCGAUCGAGGUUGGCGGCGGCUGGAGACACGCAGCCCCGCGCGGGCGGAGCGGGCUCUCCCCGCGGCGCUGGGGCUGCGCGCGGGGGCGGGGCGGGGCGGGCGCGGGGGCGCGCGAGGCGGGCGGGCGGGCGGGCGCGCGCCGGGCGGAGGGGAGGGGGCCGCGCAGGCGCCGUGCGGGGCUGUCGAAGAAUCGAGCCCGUAGAAGUGGGGCGGGCGGCGGCGGCGCGGCAGCAGCAGCCCCGGCGGCGGCGCAGCGGCGGGCGGAGCGCGGAGAGCGCGCGCUGGAGAGCGGCGGCGGCGGCGGCGGCGGCGGCGACGCCCGGAGCGGAGGGAGCAGCGCAGCGACCGGGGCCCGGAGCAGCGCCUGCCCGCCGCCUCCUCCUCCUCCUCCUCUUCCUCCUCCUCCUCCUGCUGCUCCGCGCGGCAUGCCUCGCCGCUCGCGCUGA